AUGUUGGCCUCCACUUUUUCAUUUUUGCUUAUUUUAAUUAGUAAAUGUUUAGCAUAUAAUAAUAAUUGGAUGCCCAGUUAUUAUUUGGGUACUUAUCCUGAAAAAUUUCAAACACUAAGAAUGUAUUAUGGAUCAUGUGUUGUUUCUAUAAACACUUUUAGAAGUAAACAUUUUAAUGUAGAAAUACCUUUAGUCAAUGGAUCAACACCGGCUGGAUUUUGUGCAAUAUUGUUAAAUAGUAUGGAGAACUUAAGUCUAGCUGUAGCAAUAGAACAAGGAUUAACAGAUGCAAAUGAAAACUUGGCUAAUCAAAACAUCAGAUUAUUUAAAGUCAAUAAUGGAAAUGUAAAACUUAUUAAAGAGUAAGAUUUUAUUUUUAACUUGAAAAUAUUCUUAAGGUUUACAUAUUAUUUAUAUAAGAGGUUUAAUUUGCUGUGGUGGAUCGUUUUUAAACAAUUUAAUGUUAAACUUUGUUUCUUUAAUUUUUCACAAAUUUAAUGAGGAUUGAAAACUGAAGGCAAUGUUCAAAGUUAAAAAAAAAUUAAUCUUUUUUUUUUAUUAUGAAUAAUAACAAAAAUAAUUAUUAUUUUUCAGUAUCUGUGGAUUAAAUGAUGUUUUUGGUAUGACAUUGACAGAAUCAAAUACUGCAAUAAUUUUAAUAAAAGCAGAUCAAAAUAUUAAUUUUUCAUUAAGUAUAUAUAGUUAUCAAUCAUUAAAUACUAAAACAUAG